UUUCUUUUAUUAUUUCGUCCUUAAUAAAUUAUAAAUGUCGCAAUUUAUGCGAUUUAAUUUUUGCAAUCACAUGUAUUCGAGAAGGAUUCCGAUAAAUACAAUAAUUACAUAAUGACAAUUGGGAUUAGGGAACGAUGGGCGCGAUCCAUCUCAAGUGUUUGGAGCGAUGGUUAGAAGAGAGCAAUAGGAAUAAUUGCGAAUUGUGCGGCCACGUGUUCCGGAUGGAACGAAUGCCUCGUUACAAGGUUCUGCGGUCCGUCGUAGUUUGGUUGUGCCUGAAUCGGGACGAACAUCAGACAUACAUUCGCAACGUGAGAACCGAUCUGCUCAAAUGUCUCAUAAUCACCCCGGUGACGAUCGCGUGUUCGUACGUGUGCGUGGUGGCUGCCGAUUUUUACGCUAUAAAUAAUUACGACAAUUUUCCGCCCGCACGCUGGACCGCCAUACCCUUACUGUCAAUGAUGGCGCUACUCAUCAUGUCCUUCUUCGUCUGGAUCUACAUGGUGCUACAAUCCCACCAAAAAGCAUGGUUUUACUGGUGGCAGAAGACCAGUAGCGUAAAAAUCGUCGAUUUGAUGCCGAACAAUGUGGCCUUAACUAAAAACGAUAAAUGCGAUGUUGUCGCAAAUCACUGAAUGCCGAGGGU